AAUAAGGAGUAUUAUUUUACAUUCUUAUCUAACAGAAAAUAUCGAGUUCUCAUUUUUAAUUGCCAAACACUGUCUUCCUUUUCAGCGCAAUCAAGAAACAAUCAGUCUCCAUGGCAGAGAAAUUGGCACCUGAGAAACGACACAAGUUCUUUCACGGCAGUCAGAAGGUUUUUGAGUGGGAUCAAACACUCGAGGAAGUGAAUAUCUAUAUAAAUCUUCCCCCAAAUGUUUAUUCCAAGCUGUUUUAUUGCAAGAUUUUGUCGAAACAUGUUGAAGUCGGGAUUAAAGGCAACCCACCUUAUCUGAAUCAUGAUUUGUAUUCACAUGUAAAGACUGAUUCUUCGUUUUGGACUAUAGAGGAUGAUAUACUGCAUGUCACUUUGCAGAAGAGAGAUAAGGGUCAGACCUGGCCUUCCCCUAUACAGGGUCAAGGUCAGCUUGAUCCUAUGGCAGCCGAUAUGGAGCAAAAACGCCUCAUGCUGCAGAGGUUUCAGGAAGAGAACCCAGGAUUUGAUUUCUCACAGGCACAAUUUUCAGGGAACUGUCCUGAUCCAAGGACAUUUAUGGGCGGAAUGAAGUCAGAUUGACGUACUUCAUCUGUUCAAAUCUGUGUGUACAAUCCGACUUAUGCCUGGACUAAGAAAGUUGUUAGAAUCACUAGUUUGAAUGCUUUAUCAUGUGAUAUCUAACUUGCCGGUUGUUCAUGAAUGUUUGUACCUCUGUAUUAUGUGAGUUGCACGAAUGAGAUGCUUAUCUGUGAGUAUGUUGCAGUAUCCAUUGAAAAUAUUGAUAAAAGGGUGUAAAAACAGAUGAUUACUGUAAAUUGCUGAUCAGGUGCUAUACUGGAUUUUAUAGUACCUAUAAUUUGAAUGUAGCUUUUCACAAGCAGUUUGAAACAGAA